GAGCAUAUAAGGAGCAUGCACUGCACCAGCAGAUACAACCUCAACCACUGAGAAGGAACCUCAGCUCUUCCUUGGGAACAGCCAACAGAGACCCCCCUCAGCUGAUGAGGACAAGCUAAAGCACUCGCUGCUCUACUGAACUACUGAAGCCUCUUUUCCAUCCUUCCCUCGCUCUCUCCAUACACUGCCUCUUCACCUUUCCAGACCAGCGGCACCAUGCCUCCUCAGAUCCAGUCCAGGAAACAGGGUGGACACAGAGUCCUGCAGGGCGACCUCAGCACCCUCAGCCCAGCUAUUAGAGAGUUUGUGGAGGCCAACAUGACUCUGUGCCAACCAGAAUCCGUCCACAUCUGCGACGGCUCGGAUGAGGAGAACCGUGCUAUCCUGACCCAGCUGGAGGAGCAGGGGAUGAUCAAGAAGCUCAGCAAAUAUGAAAACUGCUGGUUGGCUAGGACCGAUCCAAUGGACGUGGCCCGUGUGGAAAGCAAGACGGUGAUUGUGACCGAGGACCCGAGGGACACGGUGCCCAUGCCUCAGGGAGGUGGAGUCAGCCAGCUGGGCCGCUGGAUGUCCCAGCAGGACUUCAACAAAGCCAUGGAUCAGCGGUUCCCUGGUUGCAUGAAAGGUCGGACCAUGUAUGUCAUUCCCUUCAGUAUGGGUCCAGUGGGUUCCCCCCUCUCAAAGAUUGGAGUGGAGCUGACUGACUCUCCCUAUGUGGUGGCCAGUAUGAGGGUGAUGACCCGCAUGGGGAAAGCUGUGCUGUCGGCUCUGGGAAACGGAGAGUUUGUGCGCUGUUUGCAUUCUGUCGGAUGUCCUCUGCCACUCAAGAAGCCACUGGUGAACAACUGGCCCUGUAACCCUGAGCAGAUAUUGAUUGCCCACAUUCCAGACAGCAGGCAGAUAGUCUCCUUUGGUAGUGGUUAUGGAGGAAACUCCCUCCUGGGAAAGAAAUGCUUCGCUUUGCGAAUCGCCUCACGUAUCGCCAAGGAGGAGGGUUGGCUAGCUGAGCACAUGCUGAUCCUGGGCGUCACUAACCCAGCUGGAGAGAAGAAGUACAUGGUGGCAGCCUUUCCCAGCGCCUGCGGGAAAACAAACCUUGCCAUGCUUAAUCCCACGCUGCCCGGCUGGAAGGUCGAGUGUGUGGGAGACGACAUUGCCUGGAUGAAAUUUGAUGACGAAGGAAACCUGCGCGCCAUCAACCCAGAGAAUGGCUUUUUUGGCGUCGCACCUGGAACCUCAGCUAAAACGAACCCAAAUGCCAUGGCAACCAUUGUCAAGAACACCAUCUUCACCAAUGUUGCGGAGACCAGCGAUGGUGGUGUGUACUGGGAGGGAAUGGACGAGUCGCUGCCUGAGGGAGUCACUGUCACGUCUUGGAAGAACAAGCCCUGGAACUCAGACGAUGAUGAACCCUGUGCUCAUCCCAACUCUCGUUUCUGCACUCCGGCCGGACAAUGUCCCAUCAUUGAUCCACAGUGGGAAUCUCCAGAAGGCGUUCCCAUCGAAGCUAUCAUUUUUGGAGGACGCAGACCAGAUGGUGUCCCACUGGUGUAUGAGGCUUUCAGCUGGCAGCAUGGAGUGUUUGUUGGAGCAGCCAUGAGAUCAGAGGCCACUGCCGCAGCUGAAUACAGAGGAAAGGUCAUCAUGAAUGACCCAUUCGCCAUGCGGCCCUUCUUUGGCUACAACUUUGGACAGUACCUCUCUCAUUGGCUGAGCAUGGCUGACCACCCCGGCGCCAAGCUCCCCAAAAUUUUCCAUGUCAACUGGUUCCGCAAAAGCCCCACCGCCGGCUUCCUCUGGCCCGGUUUUGGUGACAAUAUCCGCAUUCUGGACUGGAUGUUCAGGCGGGUGAACGGCGAGGCCUGUGCCAUGCCCUCAGCCGUGGGCUACCUGCCUUCCCAGGACUCCCUGAACCUCCAGGGUCUGCAGGGCAAUGUCAACCUGGACGAGCUGUUCUCUCUGGAUCAAGGGUUUUGGCAGAAGGAGGUGGAAGAGGUGAGACAGUACUUCACCACACAGGUGAACGACGACCUGCCCAGCGAGGUUGCCCUGCAGCUGGACCUCCUGCAUCAGAGAGUGACACAGAUGUAAGGGGACCUGAGCAUGUUGGGAAUUGUUAACAUGCUUAUAUUUGUCCUGGACAUUUUAGAGCAUAAUAUUAAUAUUAUAGAACAAAGUAUCCAAAAAUCUACAAGAUCAUUUUUCUCUUUUCCUCUAUCAUUCUAGAACAUUAUCAGUUAAUGUUGGACAAUGUGUCGGAGAUUGCGGAACAUAAAUGUGGUCAUUCUUAGAGCAGAAUGGGACAAAAUUAUUGGAAGAAAAAUGUGUUGUAAAUGCACAUCACACAGUCUUUGCCAUGUGGAUGUGUGUGGCACAGAAGGAUGAACUAAGCAGGGCCUUGUUUGAUCUCUUAAACACAUGCACGGGAAGUUGAUGUUUUCUUUUCCUGUCGUAGCUUUUUCUUUCGUUUUAACUUAUUUUUAUACUGUAUUGUAACUCUGGGUUCCCAAUCUUACGUCUCCAUUUAUGGUGAGACAAAAAAAUAAAAAGUAUUUAAGCAUA